AUGAAGCAGUCUUUCACCUUCCUUGCUGCGGCUUUUGGUGUGGCCUCAGCCAAUCCUCACCUGGCUGCUGCUCACUUGGCCAACCCUCACUUCCGUAGAGCUUCUCCUACUGAGUGGACUCCUGCUGGACCUAAUGACUUCCGUGGCCCAUGCCCCAUGAUGAACACUUUGGCCAACCACGGCUUCAUCUCCCACGAUGGCAAGAACCUGACGAAGGACGUUGUUGUCAAAGGCCUUCAGGAUGGUCUCAACUUCGGGACCGACCUUGGAACCCUGAUGUUUAACAUGGCCCUUAUUGCCAACCCAGAACCCAAUGCCACAUUCUUCACCCUUCGCACCGAUGCCGCCUUUGGUAACAAUCAUGUGUUCAACCAAUCCAUCUUUGACGAGUCGAGAGCCUACUGGACAAAGGAUACCCUCGAUGCGCAACAGCUUGCCAACAGCAAAUUGGCACGACAAGUCACCUCAAGAGCUUUCAACCCCAACUACACCUUCACGGCAACUGUGGAGAACUUCAGUCUCGGCGAGGUUGCUGCCCCAAUUAUUGUCUUUGGCGAUAUGGCCGCCGGAACCGUCAACAAGACACUGGUCGAAUACUUCUUCCAAAACGAGCGCCUUCCUGCUGAGUUGGGCUGGGUUAAGAAGGAGAACGCCGUUACCCAAGAGGACAUCCUCAAGGUGGUCGAGAUGAUUAGAAACGCAACUGUGCUUACCACCGGUGGCGCGGCUGAGGCCCCUCACAAGCGUAUGAUUAGGGACUUGCACACUGGCUUGGGCCUGCUGUCCCAGUGA